UCUUGCGCGCCAUUCCAGAAAUGGCGGCUCCACUGGGAGGUAUGUUCUCCGGGCAGCCACCUGGACACCCCGGGGACUCCAGGGGCCAAGCUUCGCUUCUUCAGGCCGCGCCAGGCCCUCCGAGAACUUCUAACAGCACCUUGGUGGAUGAGUUGGAGUCUUCUUUUGAAGCUUGCUUUGCUUCUCUUGUGAGUCAGGACUAUGUCAAUGGCACGGAUCAGGAAGAAAUUAGAACUGGUGUUGAUCAAUGUAUCCAGAAAUUUCUGGAUAUUGCAAGACAGACGGAAUGUUUUUUCCUACAGAAAAGAUUGCAGUUAUCUGUCCAGAAACCAGAGCAAGUUAUCAAAGAGGAUGUCUCUGAACUAAGGAAUGAGUUACAGCGGAAAGAUGCUCUGGUCCAGAAGCACUUGACCAAACUGAGGCAUUGGCAGCAGGUGCUGGAAGACAUCAACGUGCAGCACAAAAAGCCAGCCGAGAUCCCUCAGGGCUCCUUGGCCUACCUCGAGCAGGCAUCAGCUAAUAUCCCUGCACCAAUGAAGCAAACCUGAGUCAGAGCUGAUCUGAAGGUGAUCUGGUGUGUGAGUCAGCCUAAACACAGUCUUGACAGACAUCACUUCUUGUGGACAUGACAUUUUGGAAGAACUCUUUGCCAAAGAAUAAGAUGAUUUUUGUUGAUGAUCUCACCUAAAAUUUUCCCCUUAUUUUUAUAAGCGUUAUUUUUUGAGUACUUUAUAAAAUGCCUAUAUAGUUUUGGUAAAUCAAGUAAAUUUUCCCAUUUGUAGCAAAGUUUAGACUGUUAGUGUGAUGCCACUUACAGAUUUCCUUUUCAUGUUCUUUUUUCUGUUUGUACUUUUUGUUUUUGUAUGACUUAGUCUCUUUGUGUUUCCAGUUUUAGAUUAGCUUGUAUGAUCUGAUCUAAGAAUCAGGUGAGGAUUUUGUUUGUAGGCCUUUCAUGACAAUUAUCCCUCAGUAGUUGUGCAGAAAAAAUAGGUAAAUUUGCAUGUUUCAAGACUUUAAAUUACCUUAAGAAGAAGAAUCUAAUACAGUGAUAUUUGUAAUGCAUCUGAGCUCUCAGAAUGAGGAUAUUUUAUAAAUAGGUUGAAAGGAUUAUAAUAUCCUAAGUUAGUAUAGUAAUAAUGUACGAUCCUUAGGUUGAUGUUGACUUUUAUUUGGACUAACCUUUAUAUUUUGUGUGGUGUUUUUCCACUUUUUGGAGUGGAGUUGUGUAAUAGGAGCAGUAAUAAGCUAAGUUGUGUUAUGUUCUCCAGUGAUGAAUCACUGUAAGGGGGCAGACUUUGUUUUCAGUGUGAUGCUUGAGGCAUAUAUGCAGUAUGAAACAUUAAAGCUUGCUAUGAUCAUCUCUUUUCA